AUGGCGGCCGUCUCGGAAAGGGUCUCUGAACCGAUGACUACAGAUCAUUCACAACACCGCCAACAACUUACCGAUCGUCUUGAGAUCCUCAGAAACAACGAACGUUUCUGUGAUGUAAUAGUCGAAGUAAAGGGUAAAGAGUUCAAAGCUCACAAAGCUGUUCUAGCUGCAGCAAGCCCGUUUUUUCUUACACUUCUAGAAAGUAACAUGAGAGAAAGCAGCGAACACUUGAUAAAGAUAGAACUUGAGGACGCAACUGCGUCUAUCGUGGAAGACGUUUUAAAGUACAUUUACACUGGAAAUGUUUCAGUCACUGAGGAAAGUGCUCACAAUCUGAUUGCAACGGCCGAUUACCUUUUUUUACCAGGCUUAAAAUCGUUGGCUUGUGAUUUCUUAAAAGGGAUCUUGGCAACAGAGAACUGUGUUUUUAAUUAUUACUUUGCUGAAAGAUAUCAGUGCGUGAAUCUAAAGGAGGAAUGCCGAGAGCUCAUAAAAUCAAAUUUCAGUGCAGUUAUGGAAACAGAUGAUUUCCUAAACCUUGAUGCAAAGCAAGUGUUGGAGUGGGUGUCUAGUGAUGACAUCACUGUCAGCGCGGAGGAAGAAGUUUUCAGAGGAAUCGUGAAGUGGGUACAUCAAAGCAAAAGUGAAAGAGAAAAGGAAUUUUCAGAUUUGUUGCAGCACAUCCGUCUUGGUUCUUUGGACCACAAUUUUCUGUUCAAUGAACUUGUGAAGGAAGAACUUAUAACAGCUAACAAUGACUGUCUAAACUUUGUGUUAAGUUCCUUGGAGUCAAUUUUCAGCCCUACUCUUCAAAGACGUAUCAAAUCUAGAUCAUGUCUACAAACACAGUUGAGUGGAAUUUUUGUUUGUGGUGGAAGAAAAGCCUUGUGUUACCGUCCCAGUGAAAAUAUUUGGUAUCAGUUGCCGAACAUGUUAAUGGAACAUCAAAAUCAUGCUGCCAUGCAGUGCAGAGACAAAGUUUACAUAUUUAGUACACGUAAUCAGAGUGGUGCAGAUUUUUACAUGCCCUCAACCAACACUUGGGGUGCAUUUCAAAUACAGUGUGCAUCACAUGUCGAGAAAUUUUGUAGCCUAUUUACGUUGCAUGAAAAUAUGACUUUGUAUGCAUUAACAGAGGAAUCCUUUUCUAGGGGUAACAUUUUACUAUAUGAUCCUGUGAAAUGUGAGUGGAGAGUCAUAGGUAUUAGACCUAAUAAAGUCAACUGGUGUGGAUCCUGUGGUGUGGCUGAUGGUUAUCACCUUUAUAUGAUAGGUGGAUGUGAUAGUUAUUAUUUCGGGGGGAACUCUGGGGCAACUACAGUUCUAAGGAUUGAUAUACAUGCAGAAAAAGGCAACUGUGAAGAGGUUGCACCCAUGAAUGAGGGAAGGUACAAUGCUUUUGGAACAGCCAUGAAUGGUAAAAUCUAUGUAGCAGGUGGAAAGCAGAGGUCUUUAGUGCUCAACACCUGUGAGAUGUAUGAUCCAGCAACCAAUGAGUGGCAGAUGAUGCCUAGUCUUGAUGUACUACGUUACUCUUCAAGCAUGGUGUGCUUUCAAGGAUCAUUGUAUGUCAUUGGUGGAUUUAACAAUCGCUCAAGGGAGUUGUCGGUGGAAAUGUUUGAUACAAGUACAAAUAAAUGGAUCAAAAGGUCAACCAUACCCAUUAAAAAUGAAGAUGAAGAGGAAAAAAAGAAAAACUGGCACUACAAAGCUUGUUUUGCAACAGUACAUAAAGAUGUACUAAAGAAUCAGGAGAAGAUUUCAUAA